UAUUUGCUAGCAUGGGCUAUUGGGCUAUACUGUCACCUUUUAGUGUUUUGUUUUUCCAUAACUGCUAAAUAAUUUGUUCUGUUAUGUUGCGCUUACUACUUUUUUUGAUUCGUUGAACUUCGCUUGUUCCCAUCUUUCCAACAGCGCGUGAACGCAGCAGCAGAAGCCCAUCUGUUGGAUAGGGAAACUAAUCAGGAGCCAAGUAAAGACUUUUCAGUACUGCUAGCUUCUAGGCUAGCAAGGGUUUAAAGUCUGCCGUCCACACGACUAAGGGAUAGGAACUGUGUUAAUGAAGUACAGCGCCUUCGCUGCAUGAGAAACAACAUUCGAGCGAUGUUUUAGGAGCACAGUUUUGUUGUUGCCGCGAAAGUAGAAGGUGGGUAGCCUCUGGUCAGCCGAAGCUUGCGGCUAGCUCAUUAACGUUAGCUGGGAAAGAAGUGCAAGUGGAAUCGGGAAAAUGGAGCUGGACGACGUAGUCCUGUAUCAGGACGACUCGGGCAACUCGACCAUGAUGUCUGAGCGGGUCUCAGGUCUGGCCAGUUCAAUAUACAGGGAGUUUGAACGGCUCAUAGAAAAAUACGACGAGGAUGUGGUAAAGGAGCUGAUGCCGCUGGUCGUCGCCGUGCUGGAGAACUUGGACUCGGUGUUCGCUGUCAACCAGGAGCACGAAGUGGAGCUGGAGCUGCUGAAGGAGGACAACGAGCAGCUCGUUACCCAGUAUGAGCGAGAGAAGGCACUGAGAAAACACACAGAAGAGAGGUACAUCGCCUUGGAAGACUCCCAGGAUGGCGAGAAGAAGGAUCUCCAGUGUCGACUGGUGACGUUGGAAUCUCACACAAGGCAGCUAGAGCUAAAAACUAGAAACUAUGCAGAUCAGAUUAGCAGAUUGGAGGAGAGAGAAGCAGAGCUCAAAAAAGAGUACAAUGCCCUUCAUCAGAGACACACUGAGAUGAUCCACAGCUACAUGGAGCAUCUGGAGCGGACUAAACACCAACAUGCAGCGAUGACAGCAGAGCCCUCAGAUACAGGAACAUCAGUCAGGACACGGAAGGAGCGUCCAGUCUCCAUGGGCCUGUUCCAACUUCCUGCAGCUGAUGGCAUGACCCCUGACCUCCACAGAGAACCCGUGGACACCCCAUCUGAACCAUGGAGAUUCAACAACCUUAGCCAUCCACGGUCUAACACCAGCCUCAAGGAUGAACUGUCCCAACUGAACUGUGGGAGUUCCAGGCCCAACACGCAAACCAACCAGGGAAGCGUCUCUAAAAACGGAACACCUGUGUCUUUACAAGAUGGAGGGUCCAAAUCCACCACUCCCUCGCUGGGGGGUGCCUCUAAAUCAAACACCCCCACAUCUAACUACAGCAAUAAUUCUCAGUCCACCACACCACUGUCUCCUUUUGAUGGUGGUUCCACUGGCAUGAGUCCCAUGUCUAGUCUUGGGAGAGGGUCUGCUUCUGAUGUUGCCAUGGAGUCUGUGGACACCCCCUUAAAGGACCAGGAAACUUCAGAUGGCCACAACAAAAACCUGGACCGGAGCAGUGGAAAGCCAGAGAGCAAUAAGAACAUAGCAGCGGUGCAGGAAGGACAGCAGAAGGGUCCUGAGUCUGAUGCUACACCUCUUAAAGAGGAUGAUGGAGCAGAUAGCCUGGAGAAGUCUGAGGUGCAGGCUAUCAUAGAGUCCACCCCUGAGCUGGACAUGGACCUCGCUGGCUGCAGAGGAACAAGCACACCAACUAAAGGUGGCGUAGAGAAUCUAGCAUUCGACCGCAACACCGACUCUCUGUUUGAGGAGCUGUCGUCUGCAGGAAAUGACCUCAUAGGAGAUGUGGAUGAAGGAGCUGACCUGCUGGGUAUGGGGCGAGAAGUUGAACACCUUAUCCAUGAGAACACCCAGCUGCUAGAGACCAAAAAUGCUUUGAAUGUGGUGAAGAAUGACCUGAUAUCUCGUGUGGAUGAGCUGUCGUGUGAGAAGGAGGUACUGCAAGGAGAGCUGAAUGCUGUCACACAUGCUAAGACCAAACUGGAGGAAAAAAACAAAGAAUUAGAGGAAGAACUUAAAAAAGUUCGAGCAGAGCUGGACGAAGCCAAACAGAAGGUCAAGAAUGACAAUGAGGAUGAUAGUGAUGUGCCUACAGCACAGAGGAAGCGCUUCACCAGGGUGGAGAUGGCCAGAGUGCUGAUGGAGAGGAACCAGUACAAGGAGAGACUCAUGGAGCUGCAGGAGGCCGUCAGAUGGACGGAGAUGAUCCGGGCUUCAAAGGAGAACCCAACUCUUCCAGAGAAAAAGAAGUCCAGCCUCUGGCAGUUGAGUUUCAGCCGUUUGUUCAGCUCGUCGGGCGGAGGAGCCAAGAAGCCGGCAGCGGAGGCCCCAGUAAACGUCAAGUACAACGCACCCACCUCUCAGAUUCAGCCGUCCGUCAAGAAGAAGAGCAGCACCCUGCAGCAGCUGCCCAGUGACAAGAGCAAAGCCUUUGACUUCCUCAAUGAGGAAGCGCCAGCUGAUAGUGUGGUAUCCAGGCGAGAACAGAAGAGGGCUCAAUACCAGCAGGUCAAAGCCCACGUCCAGAAGGAGGAUGGCAGACUGCAGGCGUACGGCUGGAGCCUCCCUAAGAAGUACAAAGCUAACGGUGGUCAGGCAGAGAGCAAGAUGAAGAGUCUACCUGUUCCUGUCUUCCUCAGACCGCUAGAUGAGAAAGAUGCUUCUAUGAAGCUGUGGUGUGCUACCUGUGUGAAUCUUUCUGGAGGUAAAACCAGAGAUGGAGGUUCAAUAGUCGGGGCCAGUGUGUUUUAUAGUGACGUGUCAGGACCAGAGAGCCCGAAAAAGAAGGUUGGAUCUCAGAGCAGUCUGGAUAAGCUGGAUCAAGAACUCAGGGACCAGCAGAAAGAGCAGCGGCACCAGGAGGAGUUGUCGUCACUCGUGUGGAUUUGCACCACCACCAAGUCUACUACUAAAGCUGUCGUCAUUGAUGCCAACCAGCCUGGGAACAUCCUGGAGGGCUUCUUUGUUUGUAACUCUCACAUCCUCUGCAUCGCAAGCGUGCCAGGUGCGAGAGAGACAGACUACCCAGCUGGAGAAGAAGUGCCUCCAAACUCUGAGGUGGGACCGGUGGGAGAUGGCAACUCUUCAGCAACCAGUACCAGCUCAACAGGUGGCGACAGCGUGCUGGGAGGCAUCACAGUGGUGGGCUGUGAAGCUGAGGGAGUAACAGCUGUUCCUCAGACAGCAGGAAAAGAUGGAGAAGCCGAAUCCAGACCAGCGGAAGAAGCCACAGAGGCGACAGAGACCAGUGCAGAAUCUGCUGACCAACGAGAAAGCCUGCGAGAAAUCUACACUGAGCACGUCUUCACAGAUCCACUGGGAGCUCAGCACAAAGUAGAGACGCCAGCCAACUACUCUCAGAGGGAGAGCGAUCUGCUGAAGGAUGGCGUGAGCUUGAACCCCAGCGCAGAGGAGCAGGACCUGAUGAGAGAAGAGGCUCAGAAAAUGAGCAGUGUUCUUCCCACUAUGUGGCUGGGCGCACAGAAUGGAUAUGUGUACGUGCACUCCUCCGUGGCUCAGUGGAAGAAGUGUCUUCACUCUAUAAAGCUGAAGGACUCUGUGCUCGGCAUAGUACACGUGAAAGGGCGUGUGCUAGUCGGCCUCUCUGAUGGCACGUUAGCCAUUUUCCACAGAGGUGUAGAUGGACAGUGGGACCUGACAAACUACCAUCUGUUAGACUUGGGGAGGCCUCACCACUCCAUCCGCUGCAUGACAGUAGUGCAUGAUAAGGUGUGGUGUGGCUUCAGGAACAAGAUCUAUGUGGUGCAACCUAAAGCCAUGAAGAUAGAGAAAUCAUUUGAUGCCCACCCUCGUAAGGACAGUCAGGUACGUCUGCUGGCCUGGGACGGCGACGGUAUCUGGGUGUCCAUCAGACUCGACUCCACCCUCAGGCUGUUCCACGCUCACACCUACCAGCACCUCCAGGAUGUCGACAUCGAGCCCUAUGUCAGCAAAAUGUUGGGCACGGGCAAACUGGGCUUCUCAUUUGUCAGAAUCACGGCUUUGAUGGUGUCGUGUAACCGUCUGUGGAUCGGAACUGGCAAUGGCGUUAUCAUCUCCAUCCCUCUGACAGAGGCAGCCAGCAAGGUUACCAAGGCAGCAGGUAACCAACCAGGAAGUGCAGUCCGUGUUUAUGGUGACGACAGUGGCGACAAAGUCACAGCAGGGACGUUUGUUCCGUACUGCUCCAUGGCUCACGCUCAGCUCUCUUUCCAUGGUCACCGUGAUGCUGUCAAGUUCUUCACAGCUGUUCCAGGUCACGCAGCUGCAUCUGCAUCGUGUGCAGGAGAAGCAGCUGGCGACAAGGCGGCAGAUGCCACAACUCAGGAAGGAACUAAGUGUAUGCUGGUGAUGAGCGGAGGAGAAGGCUACAUCGACUUCAGAAUGGGCGAUGAGGACGGAGAGAUGGAGGAGGCGGAGGACGCCCCCAUCAAACUUCAGCCUAAAGCCGAGCGCAGCCACCUUAUCGUUUGGCAGGUGACUCAGGACUGAGCUCUCGAGGCCUGAUUUGCCUUUUCUCUCAAACCACGGAGUCGUCGAGGUGGGCGAGGCUUCUCUACGAGUUUAAUCAGCACUUUCUUUUCUUCCUCAGUCCUGGACAGAAAGAGUAAAAAACAAGCAAAAACUGCUCUGAGCUCCUCCUCAACGUUAACCUUGAUGCAUGUUGUUUUAUUAUUGUUUUCUUUCUUUUUCUUUUUAAUUUCAUGGAUUUGAAAUGUAAUCUGUUAUAAUGCCUCUUUUAAUAUUAUUUAAUGUAAAGCGGUUGAUGAGGACAGAAUUACUUUUGAUUUGUUGUAUUUGACAUUUCCAGGUUCCCUUCAUUCAGUCCAGUUACUGUGUGCCCAUGCUGGACUCGGCAUAUGUAAAAUCGGUCAAUGAAAACACAACAGAAAGUGGCCACAUAAUAGUGUAAAAUGGAAAGCCUUCAUUUGAUAACUUUGCUUUUGAAAGUCUUUAGGUCAAAUGCAAUACACCACAUAUCAAGCUGGUUUGUGUCUGUUUUGUUUAUCUAUCCUAAUAAUCAAUUUGCAGUAAUGGUAGCCCAGUUUGUGCCUCGUGUGUUGCCGCUACAUUCAGGCCACAGAUCUGCACCACGCUGCAGAACCGAGCCCUGGAAAAAAGAGCCCAUGUGGAAGCACCAAAGAUUGUAGUUCUUCUAAUGGCCACUAGAGGUGCCACAGACUUCCAUGUUAUUAUUCCCAACUUCACCCAUGAGAAUAACUUCGAAGCCUGUACAGCUAAUUAGUCCGUUCAACACAAACACAUACAAUCAGUGUUUCUUUGUUUGUUGUUUUUUUUAAAUAUGCAACUUAUAAUUCUGGACUCUGCUGAAUGAGGAAUGUGACCAAUCGGGCUGCUGAGUUUUACAUUCUCAAAUUUCGAGUCACUGAAAUGAACUUCUGCAUCAUGUUUGUGCUGCUUGUCCUUCCAAUUUUAUCAGACAAAUAAUUUCAUGCUGUGAGGUACAGGCUGUUUCUGCUUUGGUUUUGGUGAAAUUCUAGCAUUUGAUCAGUCUUACUGUAGUGUCUGUAGUUACACCUGCACAAUUUAUAGAUGCAGCAGUUUGCAGCAUUUGCAGCAGCAAAUGUUGCUCUAUAACAACUAUAAAAUGUCUCGUUUUGCACAGGUAUUCAUGGUCCUCUUGAAAAUGUUUCCUGGCACUUCAUGUAGUGCUGCUUCGUCUGUAUGAAUCUUGGGACAUAUUUUCAUUUUGAGAUUUUUUUUCCCCCCUCCCAGGACGUGUCUUUAGACUCUGCAUGGUUGGGGUUGUUGUGUUUCCUGAAAAUCUGAUGCUUAGCUCUGUGACUGAACCCAGUGUUAAUGAAUGAGAGGCACAAACUGCAGCUCUAACGGAGUUGCAGUAGCAGCUACCAUUUUAACUCACUCACAGAACAUUUGAUGACAUAACAAGCAGAAGCUGCUGUGUCUGUAUAAACCUAAAGAAAGGACUUUCUUUAGGUUUACACACCACAGACUUGUACUGAAUCCAGGAUGAGGUCGAGUCCUUUGGCUCUUUGAUAUGCGUGAGGACUGAUUUAAAGGCUUUGAGUGUAACAGAGUAUUAAUUUUUUUCUCAACACAAUGCUCUGAUUGUUACCAAAGGUUAAAGAAUAUAAAGUUUUCCACAUGCUAAAACAA